CAGACUCCAAAGAGCAAUCAACAUCGUCACAGCACAACACGCAUCGCGGACUAUCUCUCAAACUUUUGGAAUGGUCACCGCUUUCACAGGACCUCACGACCGCAAGCCAUUUCAGUUACCUCACCACUCUGAUCCAAACAUCUGCCAGGAUAUGGCAAAGCGUACGAAGGAGCGAUACCUACGAGCACACCACUCGAACGAACGGUGAAGGAACACUUCGAAGAAGAAUCAGCCCUUGUGUUCCGCAUCGAUACCAAUUCAGCUUCAAAUCACAGCAACAGCAGUGGAGGUAACGUCAUGUCGCAGAAGGAAGGCAGCAAGUCCAUCCAGGGACAUGAUGACGCAACCCUUUUGAGCCCCAACGGAGGCCCCCGGUACGCAGACAGCAUCUCGAGUCCUCGAGGAAGAGAACCCGAACGAGUCCCGACCCGUGACGUAGCAAACAUGACCAACUUCGAAUCCCCGACUAUGCGACCUCUGAGCAGACGUCCUACCAUCGAGUCGAGGCGCACCACGUCGCCGCCAAAUUCCGUCAAGGCAUUCGCCAAUGCGCGCCGCAGAGGACAGGAUGUCGAAGCGCAUGAUCCGAGGGCCUCCUCGCGCAGACCUCAGACCGAGGUUGAGAGGAAUGAUGACUACGGGCAACGAAUUCCUCAACCAUAUUCCAACAGCGCCGGCCGUAGCAUCCACAGCCGCACAGCUCUCGAUCACGGUGCUCACGGAACGUCUUCGCCCGUGCCGAAACCCAAGUCAUCUCUCGAAGCCGAGGACUCCAAGCUCGACAACACCCAAAAGGAUGGCCUCCACAUCGACUUUGACUAUUUGGAGACCUUGAUUGACGCAGAGAAUCGCGAUCAAUUUGGCAGUUCCAACUUUGUUAACCUUCCGGAUAGUGCCAUCCCGACCGUCACGCGCAUGUUUACCUCUGAUGGAGACUUCAUCGAUGUUGCAUCCCAGGCAGCUUCCAUCGCGGGAGAGAAGGAGACGACAGCAACCCAACAACCGCUCCCGAGGGCCAGCCAGCACAUCGAGCAAAGCCGCUUCAAUUACUUCUCUUCGGCGUUGGAAUCAACCAUCCAUGCGGCUGAGUUUGGCGACCUCGUCCUCCCGGGCGAGAGCAUCAGGUCUUUGUUUGAGAUGCCCGAGGCGGAGGCCGAUGGCGUCUGGUGGCUCAACAUGAAUAACCCGACUGGCAGCGAGGUCUGGACGAUUUGCAAAGCCUUUGGUAUCCAUCCCCUUACUAUCGAGGAUAUCAUCCACCAAGAGAGUCGCGAGAAGAUUGAGCUCUUCCCGUUGUACUACUUUGCCUGCUUCAGGUCCUUCAUCGUUGUCGAAGAAGACAAUGAGAAAGACUACCAUCCGUUCAACGUUUACGCGGUAGUCUUCAAAGAGGGGAUACUCAGCUUCAGUUUCACUGCAAACUCACAUGCGUCGAGGGUCCGAUUCCGGAUCUCGCAAUUGAAGGAGCAGGUUUCGCUCAGCAGCGACUGGAUCUGCUAUGCAUUGAUCGACGACAUUGUGGACUCUUUCGGGCCAGCGAUCAACGAAAUCGAGCGCGAGGCCGAUGCGAUCGAGGAUCAAGUAUUCAUCACGAGAGUAGAUGACAACCAAGCUUUCCUUCGCAAGAUCGGAUACACCAGAAAGAACGUGAUGAGUCUCAUGCGCCUACUUGGCGGGAAGGCGGACGUACUCCGGGCUUUCACUAAGAGAUGCACCGAGGACUUCGACGUCACGCCACAUAUGGACAUUGCCCUCUAUCUCGGAGAUAUCCAAGAUCACGCGGUAACGAUGAUGCACAGCCUGAUCCAUUUCGACACCAUGCUGUCGCGGUCUCACAGCAACUACCUCGCGCAGCUGUCAAUUGACAACAUUGAUAUGGGCAACCGGACGAACGACUUUCUGAGUCGUGUGACGGUUAUCGCCACCGUUAUCGUUCCGUUGAAUGUUGUCUGUGGUCUGUUCGACUCAGCUCCUUUAGACCAAUUCCAUGAGAUCUAUUCAGCUAGACGUGCAGUAAAGCCCACGCAAUCCAUCCUCGAGGUGACGCACGAUUCGGGUGACCCAUUCGAGAGGCUCCCACCUUGA